AUGGAAGGCUCAAUAUUUGUCUAUGGGAGGCAGACACACUCUCAUCAAUUCAGUGCUAAACUCCCUUCCUACUUAUGUCAUGUCAUUAUUUCCAUUACCCCCAAAGUUCUGAAGAACCUGGACAAAUUAAGGAGGGACUUCCUUUGGCAUGGAUGCAAAAAAAUUAAAGGUUAUAACCUAGUCAAAUGGGAGAUAACCUUGAAAAGCAAAGACAAAGGAGGUAUGGGUAUUAGAGAUCUAAGGAAACAAAACAAUAGUCUUUUGAUGAAAUCGUUAUGGAGGUAUAAUGAAGAGGGGCAAGCUUUAUGGAAGGAUGUCAUCAGAUCCAAGUAUGGUGAGUACAAUCCUUGGUGCAAUAAUGUUAGUGUUGAUGCCUAUGGGGUGGGGGUUUGGAGAACUAUCAGAAACUUAUGGAAAAAACUUGAAGCUAAUACGUACAUUGCAGUGGGAAAUGACAGGAGAACUAAGUUUUGGACAGAUGCGUGGAACAAACAGAUUCCUCUAAAAGAAUCCUUUCCAGAUCUGUUCUUACUAUGUAGUAAUCCUGAUGCAAAUAUCAAUGAAUGUUGGACAACACAAGGGUAG